AUGGCCAAAAUCAGGGGAAACUUUCAAGAUGGUUUCAUUCAAAUAAUCAAUGGCAAGAGUGCGCCGACCAAGACCACUCGCCACGGUGUCAACCCGGCUAACCUGGAACCCAAAGCAGAAGUACCGGUAGCAACCCCUUCGGACCUUGAUGAGGCCGUCGCCGCUGCAAAGGUAGCUUUCGACGCCUGGCAGGGCGUACAUUAUGAGCAGCGACGCCGUGCAGUGCUCGCCCUCACUCGGUCGGACAUCUGUAUUACUCACCUAUUGCUCUGGCUGCCUCAAGCCGAUUAUGAGACCGAUGCUGCCAUCGAAUGGAUCCGUGAUCUGGCUGAGACCCCCCUGUCCAAGGACGUCAUCGAGGAGGAUGAGAACGAGCAAAUAGCGCCGGCCUUGUUGACUGGCAAUGUUAUUGUCGUGAAACCAUUUGAUUUCACUCCCUACUGUGGCGGGUCUAAACAAAGCUUUGCCCCAGAAUCUUCUCUGUUCCAGGAUCCACCACUAAUUGAUGAUACCGUUCAUCCUCAUGGCCGAGGAAAACAGGCCGGUGAGCCUGAGUCCACCCACCGAGAGCGACAGCUUCGCCCUGAAGCUCACACGUAUCUAUCAAGCCUGUACUUCGUGCCGGCGCAAGAAAACAAAAUGCUCGGGACAGCGACCAAAGUGUACGAAGUGCCGUCGAGCCCGCUUACUCUGUCAAUACGCUCCAUACCCACCCGUCGCGGCUCCAGCCACGAGGCCAAAAAGCUGCGCACGAUGUCCUCCUCGCUCAUGAUGCCUCCUGAUGACAUUCUCCAAGCGACACUAGUUUUUGCCGUCCUAGCCUCUGCUGCUAAGUUUACAAAGCACGCCUACUUUACCUCCACAGCCCGUCUUGCGAGUCAGGCCUACGCCCAAGAGGCAUGGCAUACGAUUCUGGUCGAGGAUAUGGGGACUACGGGCGUGCCGAAGCUUCACAUUGUCCAGAGUCUUGGCAUCCUGCAAGUGGCCAUACUAGACUUUACAACUGGUGAGGUCAGCUCGGGCUGGCUGAAGAUCGGCAUUGCGGUUCGCAUCUGCCAGGAAUUACAGCUCAUAAAAGAACCCGAUAGGUCGCUUCCCUUGGCCGAGCAGGAGGAACGAAGACGAACGUUCUGGUCGAUCUAUCUGAUUGACAAACUUGUCUCGUGUGGUAAAGAUCGCCGUCCUGCUAUUCUGGAUAAGGACUGUCAUGUCAGUCUGCCCUCGGACUCCAAAGGUGAAGCCUGGACAAGCAACUAUAAACUUCGCGAUUUGAUGCGCUGGGGUACAGUGCUUCCUAAGCCGCGCAGCACCUUCACUUUGAUAAUCCUGGCCGCUUCUGCCUUGGGUCACUGCGCUAGGAGCGUUUUACACGAUCGAGUUGAAAAUAAGUCUUGCCUCUGGACUGCCGGACCCGACUUCGCCGCUAGUCACGAUCUGCUGCUACUAGUGGAGUCAUAUUUCAACAAUGAGGUGUACUCAGUAGAGCACGCGUUGAGCACUUUUCAGACAGCUGACAGGAGCAUCGAUCAUCAAAUCGUAGAAUCCGUUAUUAUGGCUCACACCAUUCUGCACCUUUGUCACUGCCUCUUAAAUCACCCGUUCUGCAUUCAGAUACGUCUACAAGCAUUAGGCAUACAGGCGCCCGACAUUUUCCUCCAUUCCGCCCUGCAGAAGUGUCGUGAACAUGCAUGUAUCCUGAUACGUACUAUUUUCGACGCCUCAAAUGCUGGAGCACACAUCAACGCGUCGUUCUUUGCUUACUCCGCAUGUUUUGCCGUUACCAUCGCCGAGUUCAUCCACGAGAUUGAGAUUGAGAAACAUAAAAAAGGAGAGUCUAGAUUGAGAUUGAUGAACGCAACCCAACAGAGCCUCGUGAUUCUGGAGCGCAUGGCACCUCAAUGGGACCAUGCUGGUAAAAUGGUCAGUGCACCCUUUGGCUUUGGCUCUGUUCUUGACCCGGUUCAACAGCUCAUGUGCAUCCCGCAGUGUCAGCGUCUCGAAAACUUCAAGGAUCAUAUCAAGGAACUGGCUCCACUGCUAGAUCUACAGUCGAGUCCUGGAUCGAACAAGGUUGGAAACAUGCUUUAUGGUCCAUGA